GAACUGUACUGAAUUUAGCCUAGCGAAAAACUUCAGGACGCGAUGUAACAAAUACGGCGGUAUUUAUAUAUAUUUAUGUAUACCAGUUAACGCUUAGUAAUUAGGUUACCAUCUAAAAAAAAGGUGAACUAAAGUUUGACCGACCAGCCAAAGAUCGCUUGUAUCUGCGCCCCGAUACAUUUCUACACAAGAGACAGAAAAAAAGGCUUCACACACACACACAUCAGUUUCUGUUUUAACAAAUUGAACAAACGUUCGACAAAAUGCUGGAUCCGACAAAGGAUUACACCUUUAUCGACCUCCGAGUCAACAAGCAAGUGACAGAAGCCUGGUGGUGCCAUCAAACAUUAAUGCUUGUCUCUGCCACGAGAAUCGAAAAGACUGGCAAUUGUAUUGACAACAAAUUCGCGCUGCAAAUAUUUAACUCAAAUAGCGGUAUAACAGCUUAACGGUAUGUCAGCUUAAAUGCGUUUGACAAGGCUAAGCACCGCUUAGAGUGACAAAGAUAAAGAGGCUUUGGAAAUGGUGUCCGAGGCGGGACCCAUAGGUGCAAUGCGUGGCUGAAUGUAUCUCGCAAAUGAUUUUUAUGGGAUGCCAAAGAGGGGUAUUUGUUGCGUUGCUUUGGGUCUCACUCUUCUCCUUAACACAGGCCCUUCGCAAAUCUGACAACACCUACUUAUGGAAUAGAAAACAUAGCGAUGCUAAACUUGGUGAUGUAGCUGGCAUCAUCGCCCAACGCUCUGGAGUGACAUCAAAAUCUCCUGAUCCUUCGAAUAAGGACGCCCCUUUGCCUUCCCGGAAACGAGGUCUUUCCUCUAGUGAGAAACAUUAUGUUAGCUUCAAGAGAGCAAGGGCGACUCCAAAGGGUGACCAUUCGGGACAAAGUGACUAUGAGAGUAGGCCAUUGAGGCGUGAAGUUAUACAAAGAGUAGAGGGGAAUAAGGCUAAAGCGAUUGAAAAUGAGAGAAAUUCUAAAAGACUAAAAAACUGGUUUAUCAAGGCGCUGGAAAUGGAUGCGAUGCAGCUUGACAAAUUGAUCCAGGAGGCGAACCAUGCAAAAGAAAAUACGGCCGGAGAAAAGCGAAAUAUUGUGUCAUCAGAAGGAAUGGCAAGCAUGCUUGUAUCGCCAACAAUUUCACGAAGUACUACAGCGAAAAAUUCCUUCAAACUUGAACUACCAUUAACACUUGCAAAACUUCUCUUCCCCCAAGUCAUGAACAACUACGAGGAGACGGACAUACAGAUUUUUCCCACGAGGAAGGGCAGUGGGAAAAACUUAAUGUUGAGAGUGUCACACAAGAAGUUACCGGAGCCCGUGAACGAUGAGCCCGAUAGCAAGGGUGGAAAGUGCUCGGACGAGUGUGCGGCCUGCUGUCCGGUUUGCUGUCCGGGGGUGAUCUGCCGGCCAGUAAUGGUACCACGUCCACCAGUCUGCCCAUGUAAACAAGAAUGCAAUUUUUGCUGCAUCGAAGAAGAGAAACCAACGACUACAAAAAAGCCCACAACAAAACCAACACCAGCCCCCCACUCGUCACCUUCACCCACCCCUCCCCCACCACCUAUCAUACCCCCGUGCCCACCUGUUAUAAACCUCUUAAUCCCUACAGCCCGCCCCUGCAUGCCCCCACCUAUCAUCAUCCACCACCACCAUCACCACCCCUUUCCCGUGCGCGUCCCCGUUCGCGUCCCCUUUCGCGUCCCCGUUCGCGUCCCCGUCCCCGUUCGCGUCCCCGUGCCCAUACACUCGCCUGUGUACCCCACUGAGUACCCACCAAUACUACACCCCCCAGUACACGUGCUCCCACCCAUCGAACCCCCCACCCCUAUUAUACGGCUCCCUCCCCCUCCAACUAUAGACUACAUACCCCCUCUAGGCCCUCUACCCUCAUUCCCCAGGCAGGACCACGUGACCCCUGCGGAACAACCACAUGAUCACUACAUGCGGCCAACACCCAUCGGUACAGGCGAUUGCUAUGACCUAAGUUCCCGCUGCCCGGACUUUGCGCUGCAAGGGAUGUGUGACGCGCCGUCUCUCUUCUACCGAGUGUCACAAGUGCGCAGGCUAUGUAACCUCUCCUGCGGUCUGUGCAAAAGGUCAGCUGGUCGUGGGUACUGGCUUCGCCGAAAGAGUAAGAUCGGAAAAUCAACCAAACCAAACACGACGUCACUAUUAGAGGGCUUAUUGCGGACGAUACUCGAGAGUGACGCACACAAGAAACGGUUAGAGAAAGAUGAGCGAAAACGACAGAAUAUACAGCAUGGGAAGGAAGACGAAGAAAAGAAAGCACAACAUCGGAUAGCAGAAGAAGGGAAGACAAAGAGUGGGAUAGCAGAAAAAGGGAAGACACAGAGUGGGAUAGCAGACGAAGGAAAGUCACAGAGUGGGAUAGCAGACGAAGGAAAGAAACAAAGUGGGAUAGCAGAAGAAGGAAAGACACAGAGUGGGAUAGCAGGAGAAGGGAAGACACAGAGUGGGAUAGCAGAAGAAGGGAAGACACAGAGUGGGAUAGCAGACGAAGGAAAGACACAGAGCGGGAUAGCAGACGAAGGAAAGACACAGAGUGGGGUAGUAGACGAAGGAAAGACACAGAGUGGGAUAGCAGGAGAAGGGAAGACACAGAGUUGGAUAGCAGACGAAGGAAAGACACAGAGUGGGAUAGCAGACGAAGGAAAGACACAGAAUGGGGUAGUAGACGAAGAAAAGAAACAGAGUGGGGUAGUAGACGAAGGAGAGAGACAGAGUGGGAUAGCAGACGAAGGAAAGACACAGAGUGAGAUAGCAGACGAGGGAAAAACACACAGUGGGAUAGUAGAUGAAGAAAAGAAAACACUGCAUCGGAUAGCAAACAAAGAAAAGCGGCAAGAAAUGCAGCAUGAGACAAAUAAAAACGGAAAACAGAUAAACAAGCAGAAUAGCACCACGGACACUAAAAUUAAAAGUACAGAAUAAGGAAAGCAAAAUAGCAAAUAGUACUAGCACAUAUCGCACAUUAUACGCCCUUUUGUCUGAAUAAUCUCUGGGGGACUAUGCCGUGCGUUCGAGAAUGUCCGCGUUUACUACUGGGGUCUUUUAAAAAUGGCUGCCACGAAAUGGAAGAAGAAAGGUUUCCUGGAAAGUUUCCAUGACUUUUUCAACUUAGAGUUUAAUGCUACGAAAAAAAAACUGACGCGGAUAGAUGAUAUAUGACCAGGGGCGGAUCCAGGAUUUUUAAAUGGGGGAUGGAUGAUCGCUAGAUAGAGAGCUUGGUAGGCCACUAGACCUUACGUUCUUUCACACUGAAUUGGAUUUGUCGCGUCAGGCAAAGUCAAGCAGGCGAAGGAAAAUGGACAGUACCUUCCGUCUCUCAGACAUUUAUUUUCUUCAAACAAAGAGACUUUUCAAUUUUCUUUACCCUAAAAAGGUAAAGGAAGGGUAAAGGAAGGGGGUGGAUAUCCACCCAAUCUACCCCCCCCCCUGUAUCCGCCCUUGCUGACCGUUUUAUAAAGGCCGCGAGUGAAUAGAAAAUAUGUCUUUUUAGAAAGGGGCACUUUUACGCUUGUACUAGGACAAUAAAGGGGAAGAACGAUUUGAUGGGGAUAUACUAGUGAGAAAGUUAAAAGACUAUAUUUGGACAAAAAAUCUUACAGCUUUCAUCCUACAGUGCCCGGGCCCUUUUUCGGUAACUCUUAGUCUUUAUUGUUUUAAAAAAAGACCGGUGUGCCCCUUAUUUUUUCAACCAGUACACCCUACACACUCGUGCAUCCAUCUGAAUAACAUCUGCCAAAAUAGGGGGGGUUGAUUCAGAGAUGACUGAUUGGGGUUGAUGACAGAGAUGAUUGGGAGUGAAGUCACGUGGGACUUUGCCCCACGGUUAAUUAUGCCACUUACGAGCGUCUUUAAUGCUAGGAAAUAAAAAUGAAAACUCCACAAAA